GUUGCGCCGCUCGGCGCCGUUGCAGCGCCCCAUAUGUUGGAGAGCAUCCGAGAUGUAUGUUGCGAUUGCAGGCGGCACGACCAACUUCACGAGGCCUACGCUGCUGUGGCCAAUCAUUUUUUCGUUGAAAAAGAUUUGUUCUCGAACAACACAGUUGAGGCUAAGAUGCUCGGCGUCUCCCCCAGGACCUUGCGAGGUUUGCGGAGCGCUGCGGCUGCAAUGGCAAUAGAAUACGAGAGGGAUGUAUGGUCUCGUCUGGAGCAUACUAUAGCUAACCAUGACGCAUAUACCAUGAGCGUUUAUUUCGAAUUUGUUACGUAUGAUGGCGUCGAUAUGCACUUGACGUCUACUGACGUCCCAGCAGAAACAGUAAAACUUGAAGCGGGCCGCCUAGCUCAUGCACUCGGCGCUGGGACGUUGUCUUUGCCAGGCGAUGGGCGCGGUGGCGGAUCGUGGGCGCGCAUUUGA